GUUUGCAUUUGACUUUUUACACGCCCCUUCCAGUCUAACGCAAAGUUGGAGAGACUCUGCGCGCUUUGGCUCAGUCGCGCUGGACUGACCCAGACUUGGUUGGCAGACUUAUGACGCCCAACAAUGAGGACCAAGCCACAAGUGUUUGAAAAGUUAUCUUUGAGCGCGGGGCUGGCGGUGAGGGGUCUCGGGGGUGACAGCGGCAUGGGUCAGGCUACAAGUGUUGGUUUCUGUGCGCUCCUGCGGGAAGUCAUUUGAAGAGUCACAUUGAGACAUGAAGAGCUUCUCCGUGGAGUCUCAGGAGAUCGUUUAGUCCUGGAGUUCGAGCUCUGGAGGAGGUCAACCUUAAGGCUCUAUCAUUUUCUGGGACAAGUUUAUGUUCAGUAGCAUCUCGGAUAAUCACCUACACUGCGAAGUCACUUUUGGACGAGUUGGAUCUGAAUUACGCACGGGAUUCCCCUAACAAAUGACAGCUUCGAAGCGGUUUGUUGCCUCCUCACUUCAUCCCCUCAGCUCCCUGCAUUGCUCCGAUCCACCUCAUCACCUCCCUCGCCAGGUUAGGUGGACGCAGGAGUGAACCCUCUCUGUCUAUUUCGCUGCGCCAGCGUGCGGCCGCGGGCCACCUGGCUGAGGAUGUGGGGAGGAGGUUUCCAGAUGUAUGUCACCGUGAUUGUGACCCUGUUCCUGGUCAUUAUCGACGUUAAAGCCAGUGGGGAGUUUUGCCACGGCUGGCACGACUCCCAAGGUGUUUGGAAAGAAGGGUUCCAGUGUCCGGAGAAGAUCGACGGGCAGGACGCGAUCAUCUGCUGCGGGAAAUGCGAGCUCCGCUACUGCUGCUCCAGCACGGACGCACGGCUGGAUCAGGGGAGCUGCGAUAACGACCGGCAGGCUCAGGAGCCCGGGGCAGAGAACAAGGAGAACAAGGACUCCGGUGCAGUGCCCAUCUAUGUGCCGUUCCUGAUCGUGGGAUCCGUGUUCGUAGCUUUCAUCCUGGUGGGUUCUGUGGUUGCUGUGUGCUGCUGCCGCUGCCUCCGGCCCAAGCAGGAACUGUCAUCAGGCGGUGCGACAGGAGGCGGAGCGAGCGGUGGUCGCCUAUUGGAAACCAUCCCUAUGAUGGCCAGUGCAGGGACCUCCAGAGGUUCAUCGUCCCGCCAGUCCAGCACAGCCACUUCAUCUAGCUCCUCUGCCCCGCCUGCCGCACCCCGUCCCGCCCCCCCUGCCCUCAUGCGAGCUCAGGCCUCCUGCUGCCUGCCCCCUGAUGCCAGCGUCUUCGUCAACAUGCCCACUAACUUCUCCGUACUCAACUGCCAGCAGGCCACGCAAAUCAUGCCUCACCAGGGACAGUUUCUGCACCCGCAGUACAUCGGCUAUGCCCACCCUGUGUCCCCUACCCCAGCCUUCCUGGACCCCACUCAGGGAGGGUACAGACCCCUCCAGUCCCCCUGCCCUCCUCCCACCAGUGGGUCCAGCAUCACCAGUGACCAGAAAUAUCCUCCAGUGACUGUGUGAUGAGGGGCCAAGCUGCAGACCACUCUGCCACUUUGUUGUGAAGUUUAACCUGUGAGGGCUGUGCCAGAGACCUUUUUUUGGGGGGGUUGGGGGGGGUGGAGACGCUGCCAGAGUGGAAAAAGAGCGGCAGGGAGUCAGACUCACAUGAAGGACUCAUAAAGCCACUGAGGCAGCGGGGCCUGCCCUGCUAUUGUGUGCGAUGUGUGUCUGUUUAGUGUAUCAUAUGAUCUCUUGGCAGGUUUAAAUGAGCUAAGCUCAGCCUAGGACGGGGUGAGACGGAUGCAUAACAAAAAGUUUCUGUCUUGACAAAUAGGCUGGAGGGUUAAACAGCCCAGAUGGGUGAUAAUUCCCAGUUCAGCGCAGCCUGCGGCUCAAAGAAAGACUGUGCACGUGUCUGCGUUUGCAUGAAUGUGUAUGUGAGAGUGGGAAAAAUAUUUGUUGGCUUAUAGGUGCUGGAAUGAGUGAUGUAUGGAAUGAUUGCAUGAUUUGUAGCCGUGAAGUAUGAAAAAUGGAUAUUCAAGUAAAAAAAAAAAAAAACCCUAUGACCACAUGCUGUGUUUUCAUGCCAUGUGCACAUCUGCACUUGUGAAUGGUUGGAAGUGGUUUAUACAAUACAGUAUAAGUUUGUUUGUGUUGAAAGUAUGAGACAGGAAAGCUUGUGAAAAGAUGUUUGUACUGUAUGUGUGUGAGUUAGUGUGAAGUGUGGAGGGAUGUGAGCGAACUGCGUGUAAUGGGAAAUGCAGGUGGCGUGAUGUGAAAGGCAGUCGCGAUCUCCCUGUAGAUCAUUUAAACUCUAAUGAAGUGAACACAGGACAUGGACUGUGACGCUCCACCCUCAUUCACCGCCCCCC